GGAGUUUGAACGUGCGACAAAUGAAGUCGCAUUCGGCCGAGAGGCAUGGAUGCCAUGAGGCUCAGCGCUCGGCGCCAACUGACUCCUUUCACUGUGCCACUACUAUCAUCGUCGCGGGUGCCCACUGGGCAGCGCGCCCUCCUUCGCCUCUCCUCCCCUCUGUGAUACCCAUGGCCGCCGUUGCGCAGGGCCCGAGCGAGCGCGACGGCGCGUACUACCAGGAUGCGCCGUACGAACCCGACCUGGCAUGGAAGAAGGAGCUCCGCAGGCGAAUUUCCGAAGCGCUGCAGCCUCUCGUCGACGAAGCGAGGAAAGAAAAAGAGAUGCACUAUGUCACCACUCCCACUAACGACUACGAACACACCAACAAUGAGAACGUCAAGCACACUUAUGAAGUCAAGAUGACCCGAAUCCGACGCAAGGCUCAAGAGCAGUUCGACGCCGAAAUGCAGUACGAGCGACAGCUGCGUCGUCUGGCUGCGGGCGCCCCACCGGACGACGGAUGGUCCGAAUCGCUCUUGCGCGAACAGCAAAGCCUCUGGGACGCAACUCGCAAGGCAAACAAGAGCCAAGAUCGCGCGUCCUCGCGUCUUGCCUUUGGAGGAAGCGCCAACGCCGUCGCCGGACCAUCGCGCAUUGGCCUCGACGGAUACGCCGCUGGCGAUGGUCCUUCCUCCGUGAGGUACGACUCCGUCAGCGGAGGCUUCGACGAUACGACCCGAUACCCGCGAUGGGCGCACCCGGCACAGCCUCAACCACGGCGCGAUGGUACCAUCCCCUCAGAUUAACGGAAGCAGACAUCUGACCCAUUCGUCAGCAGGUGAACAGUCGCGCAACGACGCAGAUCCUCUCCGGUCGGCGCUAGAGCGGUGGAUUCCGCGGAUGGACGAGCCGACCGGCCUACCGCACAAUUUUCCGAAGAA